GUCACAGCAAAAAUGCUACAAAGACAAAAGUCGUUGUACGUCGGUUACCUCCACUUAUUCUUGAGCAAGUGUUCUUUGAAUCUGUCGAACAAUGGGUAAAUAAAGAAACUUGUACUUGGUCACGCUUUCACCAAGGUCGUAUUAGCAAGAGCAAGAAUAAGGAAAGUAUCUUUUCUCGUGCCUAUCUACACUUCAAGACUGUUGAACAGGUUUUAGAAUUUCAUCGUGGUUAUGAUAAUCAUUUGUUUGUUGACAGACAAGGCAAUGAAAAUAGAGCUGUGGUAGAAUUUGCAAUUUAUCAAAAACUACCAAAAGAACACAAGAAACCAAAUCCUAAACAAGGAACGAUUGAAACUGAUCCCGAUUAUCUCGCGUUUCUUGAAUCUUUGAAAGUUGAAGAAACUCAACAUGCCACUACAAAAGAACCAGGUGUAUUAUUAGAAAGUGGUGCAACGCAAUUGGAAAGAUUGGAGGCCCGUUUGGCAAACGCUGCUGCUAUCAAUGCAGCUAAUGCUGUUGAAAAACCAAAAACUACUCCACUUAUUGAACAUUUACGCGCGUUAAAGUCUGCAAAGUCUAAAUCGCAACUAACAAAACAAGCUCAAAUAGCUAUCCUUUCACCCCCAGGUUCACCUGCAAAAGGAACUGGUUCGAAGACUGUAAAACAGUCACAACAUUCACGAGCGGUACAUGCUAAUGAAGCUAAUCAAUCUUUUCAAUAUACAGGUAAACCUACCAAAAAGGAACGCAGAAAGAGAGAAAGGGAGAAGGAAAGGAGAGAGAAGGAAAAGGGUAAAGAAAAAGAUAAGAAGAUUGAAGAAGAAAAUAAUAACAAAUAUAUUGAAAAGGAAAAAGGAAAGGAAUUCGAGGAGAUAGACAUCGAAAAAUCAAGGGAGAAAGCUAGAGAAAAAGAGAAUCAUCGGGAAAGAGAUCGUGAUAGAGAACGUGAGAGAAGACGUGAAAAGAAACCGGAAAGAGAAAGGCAAAAGUUUAGAGAAAGAGAGAAAAAAUCUCAGGCAGCAGAAGCUAGUAUGUCAGUACCUCCCACUAUUACUAUUGUUCCCCGACCGCAAACUGAAGAAAGAGAAAAAGAAACUAGGAGAGCACCCGUUAAAAUUACGAUUCAACGACGACAAAAAGAACAAAUUCGUCAAUUCAUCCAGCCUUCAUUGAUAAAAAAGGAAUUAGAUACAAUAGAAACUAAUUCAAAAGAAACAAUUGACAAAGAGGUAGUAAUCAAUGAAUCUAGAGUAAAAGAUCAAAAAGAUCUACAGGAGGAGAUACCUAAGGUAGAUGAUAAAGAUGCUGUUUCUAAUACAUCAUCGAGCACAUCUAAUACAGCAGUCACUAGAACUCCAAUUAUGAAUGUUCCUUCAUCAAGUUAUCGUCGUCGAGAUCGAAGCAGAAAACACGGCACUGAUGUUAAACAACCGGAAUUACUUAUGGCUUCAUCAAAAUAUAUAAGCUGUCCUAUUAUAAAUGUGAUACGGCAACAAGAAGUUGUAUACCCUACCUGUGAUUAUUGUGGGAAGAAAUUAAAAUUACCAUAUGAAAAAAGAAUAUCAAAACUAUUAAUCGAACAAAGUAAUGAUAAUAAAAACAAUCUAGGAAAUGAUGAAAAGCAGGGACAUCAAGAAAACAAAAAAAGCAAAUUACAAGUUGAGGAUCGAUAUUCAUUAAGAUGUUUUCGUUGUCAUAUCAUUUACAAGCAUACCGAAAUUUCUUAUCGGUAUCGAAUUUGUAUAAUGGUUUCUAUUAAUGAUUAUUUAUAUAGAGUAACGAUAUUUGGAGAAAGUCUUGAUAGAAUAUUUGGAUGUACAGCAAAGGAAUUUGAAAUUUUUAAAACGCGAUCAAUUUUUGAUAUGAAUGCAUUUGAAUUUAAUCUAAAUACAUUCAACGCUUUGGAUUAUGUUAUAAAUGGGGAAUUGUGUUUAUUGGAAUUUUCUAAUCAUUAUUAUAAAUUACUAAAAGAUUUAAAUGAUAACAAUAUUGAUGUUAUUGCUAAUAACAUUCAAAUAAUGAAACCUAACUCUUAUUUGAAUGUUGUUGGAUAUUUUAGGAAUUAUUAUAAUAAUUAUGAAGAGAAAUGGAAUAAAUUUUUUUAUAUGAUUAAUAAACUUGAUGAAAGAUUAAUAGAAAGGCUGGAUGGGGAAUUAGAAGAAGUAAUUGUUGAUAAUAUUUAUCAAAAUAGGAUACAAGAAGAUGAUGAGAUUCAAGAACAAAUUUCAAAAAUAGUGUUUGAUACCGAGAUUUUUAUUGAUUCAGCUGAAUUUGAACAUUUGGAUAUUGAAUUAUUAUAUUGUCAAGGACUUUACCUUGAAGAUUCUUUUAAUAAUUUAGAAGAUUCUGAUAUCUUAGAAUGGGAUCCUAUACUUGCUGAUUCUGAUUAUUAUUUAAAAAUAGAAUAA